UCUUGAACAGGAAAUCCAAAAAACACACCAGCAAGUCAACUUCUGAAUGGCCUUUAAAAAAAAAAAAAAAAGUUUGGAGCCGCCUAGUCCAAGUCCGACCUUGAAUAUGAUUGAAAUGCAGUGGCCUGACCUUAAAAAGGACCUUUAUGCUCGAAGAGCAUUCGCUUUUUCUUUUCGCUUCACUUUUCUUUUCUGGCGCAAGACGGCAGCAAUGCUGUGUCGCGCAUGGUUCAGCAACAGUCAAUGCACCACCGAAAAAGAAAAAGGAGGAAAACGGCGUCGCUUGGAGAGGACGAAACAAGCUGCCAAGGCGAGACGGUGAAGUCGCUCUAAAAUACAACAUGAAAACGUCAACUUUUCGAGCAAGGGAGGAGAGCGAGCCACAACGGCAACAACGAGAAGCAGUUUCCUCCUCUGGGAUCUUCCAAGACGUGCGGCAGCGGAUUGCUCGUCGAGAUGAUCCCACGCCUGCUCGUGUUAAAGAGGAAGCGGACGAUGAACUGCCCGUCCAAAUCAAGAAGGAAGAGGAGGAGGCCGAUGUCAACCAUUUGUAUCGUACGAAUAUCCAGCAGCUGACUAGUUGCCAGGGGGAACUUCCCCCUCCACCUCAGCGGUGUAGCUCCAUCUUAGAGCAGGACCAUCCACAGCCUUCCUACGUGAAAGAGGAAGAGCAGGAUCCACACACCCCACAUGUUAAGGAGGAAGAGGAGGAGUUGCCACUCAAUGUGGUCGUUAUGAAGGGUGAAGAAGAACCACCCGAGUGGUCACAGCUUCAUCAUCACAGUCCAAGUGAAGACCACUGUGGAGGACCACCACCAGACAGUCUCUUUGCUCCACUGUCAGACAGCGAUGACAUGAAAGAACCUUUGAGGAGCGACGCGGACGGCGAAGGUGACGACAAACCGUGGGGAUGCUAUGAAAAGGAAACAACGCUUGGCAGCAAGAAAACUUCACAAACGCAUACAAAACGGGUUAUCUGCUCAGUUUGCGGUAAAAAUGUAGCUAAAGAAAAAAUUAUUAGACACAUGAGGACGCACACAGGAGAAAAACCUUUCAGUUGUUCCGUUUGUGGGAAAACAUUCUCUUCAAGGGAUUAUGUGAGCACACACAUGAGAACACACACAGGGGAAAAACCUUUUGGCUGUGCAUUCUGUAAUAAAACAUUCUCUCAUAAGUCCCACGUCAUAACACACACGAGAAUACACACGGGAGAAAAACCCUAUAGUUGCUCCAUUUGUGGAAAAACCUUCUCUUCAAAGGAUUAUGUGAACUCACACAUGAGAACGCACACAGGAGAAAAACCCUUUAGUUGCUCCACGUGUGCUAAAACAUUCUCACAAAAGCCACAUCUGGUAACACACAUGAGAACACAUACAGGGGAAAAACCAUUUAGUUGUACAGUUUGUGGUAAAAGCUACGCUCAUAAGAACAGUUUGACUACACACAUGUGGGGACACUGCUAAGAGAGAAUAAAAGAAUUGACAGUAAUCCGCGCAAUAACGCAGCGCUUUCGCAUUUGGUGUCAGGCGGCUGGCUGACUUCCAGUCCACUCCAUUUUCAUUCACUGGUGAUGAUUUACUGGUCUUUGGAGAGGUCUUCACUCACAAACCGAUGUGCUCCUGUGUGUCAACGUAUUUUUCUAAAUACUUUGGAGCUACUGCAACACUGUUCUCAAAAUCACACGUGUGAAAGGCUACAAAGUCGUACUGCCAUGAUUCAUUUUAUCCGGUUUUCCGUGUUGGUAUUUGCGAUACAUUCUGACUUCUUUGCAACUAUUUUCUUCUUCUACUGUCUAAAUUUGAGCCGUCAUCAAAACAGCCUCAAGAUGGUUUACAGUACUCCAUUGACAAAUUAUACAUAGACCCCGCCUCGUCUUAAUGGUUUACAUGUUUGUAAAUACACAUGUAUGUAAAACACAAUAUCUGUAGUUACCAGAUCCUUAAAUGUAGAUGUGACACGUUGGGUUUCUGAUUAAAGAGCACUAACGUUUACUUUGAA